UGCCGAGCUGCGGGGCUGGGACAUUCCUGGUUUGACGAGCAGCCCGGCCGCUGCCAUGAUUUGCUGAGCAACUCGACACUGACUGCCUUCAAAGAUGCGUGUGUGGAAGAGGCAGCAGUAGAGACGCGGACGCAGAGCUGGAGGAACCGCGCUAACGGGACACAAACCACCGGGAGCGGACUCCAAACUCCAGUCCGGACCAGACGGGGAAGUUGGCGCACCGUGGCCCCCGAAGCCUACGCGGCUACGGCUCUUAAAAAACACACACAGACAACAACAAAAAAACACUAAAACUUUCCAACUCUGAGAGUCUCCUCGCACUUUGAGCCCGUUUCUAAUGGAGGGCCCCGCACUGAUUUGGGAUCAGAAUAAUGCGUUUUGCUCCGGCUGCUGAGGGACCCGACGCGUCGCAGCUUUCGCCCUCCUGGAAGAGAGGUUUUCUAAGCGGGCGAGGGCACAGGCUCCAGGCAACACGGCCCCUGGCAGGGCUCAAAGGCCGCCAUGGACAGUGGCCUAAGGGUCCUCCUGUCCACCGCGCUGUGUCUCAGCCAGUUGCUGAUUAUCAGCUGCUCAUCUCCGUAUCCCUCGUUCCGCUCUGAGCCAACCUCCGUGGUUCAGAGUCCAGGUUCUGUGGUCCGUCUGCAGUGCUCGGUGAGCCCCCCGUCGGCGGCGGUCUCCUGGCGCUUCCGGGGCCUUCCCCUGGACCCGAGCGCUCUCCCUGCGGUGGAGCUCAGCCGGGGCUCCCUCGUCAUCUCCAGCCUUUCGCCCGACCACGCCGGCGUCUAUCAGUGUGCGGCACGCGUGGGGCACGGGCCGGUCGUCGCCAGCCGCCUGGCCCGCGUGGCUUUAGCAGGAAUAUCAGAGUACGAGGCCGGCCGUCGGCGGUCGUUGUCGGCGCAGGAAGGCAGCACGGUCGUCAUAGAGUGUCCUCUGCCGCGCAGCACUCCUCCGGCUCGACCCAGACUCAGAUUCAGAGGCGACUGGAUCGAAGAGUCGAGAGAUAACUAUUUAUUGCUUCCGUCUGGCAACCUGCAGAUUGUGUCGGUGUCCGCCGAGCACCAGGGCAUGUAUAAAUGCGGUGCAGUGAACCCCGUUACUGGGGAAGCUGUGCUUCGCUCUCAUGGCGUGAAGCUGUCAGUCAAACACCCCUCCUCCUCCUCCUCCUCCGCCUCGGUCCGGAUAGUUUACCCCACCGCUCCGGUGACGGUUUCCAUGCAGCAUUCGCAGCCGCUGACGUUGGAGUGCGUUGUGUCUGGGAGUCCUGCACCUGCAGCCAAGUGGUUUAAGAACGGCAAGGAGGUCACAACGGGGCCUUCCCACCAGAGGCAGCACAACAACCUGGCUUUUGUUCGGCUGGCGCGGGGCGAUGAGGGACGGUACAGCUGCCGGGUUGAGACCGAGCGGCGGACUGUGAUCAGCCCUAAUUACACCGUGACUGUUCUCGAGCCCGCCUCCAUCGUCGCGGGCCCCGGUGACCAGCUCGUCCCUCUGGGCUCCUCUGCCCGUUUCACCUGCUCAGCGAGAGGGAACCCCUCCCCCAACGUCACCUGGCUGUUCAACGGCGAGCCGCUAGCUCAGUCACGACGCUUCCAAAUAUCCGGGUCCUCGCUCCUGAUUGCCGACGUGGCGGCGCAGGACGAAGGCGUGUACCAGUGCCUGCUUGACAACGGGAUCGGCUCUGCACAGUCACAUGGGACGCUCGCCAUACGGUCAGGUCCACAGCCAGGAUCCACUGCCGGAGUUCUUGAGGCUUCACCGUCGCUUCAUCCAAUUCAAAGCGACGAGAGCUUCCUGACCGAAGACGACGACCCAUUUAACCCACCGGCCGACAGGAGCGGCGACCGUCCCACUCCGGAGGCUCCGAUCAUCAUCAGCCCGCCGCAGACCCACAAGCCGGACAUCUACGACCUGGAGUGGAGGGCGGGUCGCGACGGAGGCAGUACCAUCAGCGCUUAUUUCGUUAAAUACCGCAAGGUUGACGACAUGGGAACGGUGGUGGGAAGCUGGCACACGGUCCGAGUCCCCGGCAGCGAGAAAACCCUGCGGCUGUCGGAGCUGGAGCCGUCCAGCCUCUACGAGGUCCUGAUGGUGGCUCGAAGCUCGGCGGGCGAGGGCCAGCCCGCCAUGCUGACGUUCAGAACUGGGAAAGAGAAGACCACCUCUCCCAGUAAUAAAAAUCCCUCCAAGCCCUCCAUCGUCCCAGUUCCACCCAAGCUUCCAGAGGACAGGCCCACGAAGACGAUCUACGGAGUUGUCCUGCACGACAGGGUCCCCGAGGCUCCCGACCGUCCGACCAUCUCCAUGGCCACUGACAGCUCGGUGUACGUGGCGUGGAUCCCGCGGGCCAACGGCGGCUCGCCGAUCACGGCGUUCCGCGUGGAGUACAGGCGCGGCCGCAGCCUGGAGUGGCACGUGGCGGCGGAUAAUAUCUCACCUCUGAAGCUCUCUGUGGAAAUCCGGAAUCUGGAGCCCGGUUCCACCUACAAGUUUCGGGUUCUGGCCUCAAACACGUACGGCGACAGUCUCCCCAGCUUUCCCUCCAAGCCCUACCAGGUGCCACCGGCUAGCCCCCGCAAGGCCGACCGUCCGGUGGUCGGACCUCACAUCAUAGCAACGGACGCCAUCAGCGACACACAGAUCAUGCUGCGCUGGACGUACGACCCCUCGAGUAACAACAACACUCCGAUCCAAGGCUUCUACAUCUACUACAGACCCACGGACAGCGACAACGACAGCGACUACAAGAGAGACGUGGUGGAAGGUGUGAAGACCUGGCACAUGAUUGGCCGCCUGCAGCCAGAGACCUCGUACGACAUCAAGAUGCAGUGCUUCAACGGCGGCGGGGAGAGCGACUACAGCAACGUCAUGAUCUGCGAGACCAGAGCUCGUCAGUCCCCGGGCUCGCCCAGUCAGCAGCCGUUCACGCCGCCUGGUCCGCACGCUCCGGACCCUCCGAGCCCACCCGGGGGGCUGCUGUACCGCAUCGUGGGCUGCGUGCUGGGCGUGAUGGUUCUCAUCCUGCUCUCCUUCAUCGCCAUGUGUCUGUGGAGGAACCGGCAGCAGAGCAACAUGAACAAGUAUGACCCUCCUGGGUACCUGUACCAGCCGGCCGACCUGAACGGCCACGUGUUGGAGUACACCACGCUGACAGCCGGCGGAGGACGCAUGAACGGAGGCGUCCACGGGGGCUACGGCGGCCAGAUGUUACCUCAAGGAUGUCAUCACCUCCACCACAAACUCCCCAACGGCCUGGCGCUGCUCAACGGCUCCAGCGGCUACAUCUCACCCGGCCACCCUCACGGCCACGAAGGCCCGCUCCCCCACGGCACGCACGACUGCGAGCACUCGCACCCUCACCACCACCUAAAUGGUGGAAGCAUGUACACAGCUCUCCCGCAGAAAGAGACGUCUGAUUGUAUGAGCUGCCAGAACCUCUGCAACAACAACAGAUGCUACAAUAAGAGCAACGGCGGCCUGCCUUUAAUGCACCGCGCGGCGCCCUGCCAGCAGGACGGGCUGGAGAUGGUUCCUCUGGGCCAGGUUUCCCCGCAGUGCCGCGGCUCGGACCCGGAGGCCGACGCCGGCUUCCAGCCGCAUGACGGGAACGGGGAGUCCUCGCCCUCCCAGCAUUCCUGCUGUCUGAUCCGAAGCAGUGGAAACUCUCCAGGGGAUAGCACCGCUGAGGAGGAGCCGGAGGACAGCGCGGGGACGGAGGACCGCGUGGUGUCCUGGGACGGGCUCUGCCUGCCGGACCUGGACUGCGACGAGAAGCCCGUCUGGAUCUCCAGCAGCAGCCUGGUGGGGGAGCUGAUCCAGGCGGGGCCGCAGGAGGCCUGAGCACAACCCGCACCCCCGGUGGGGACACCCGGGGCGGAGGGGAGCGGAGGGGGACGGCCGUGGACGACGGUCAGAGACACUGCUUGUUACGGUGAAACGGACCCAGAGCCGGUGGACUGAGACGAGCCGGGGGGGGGGACGUCAGAAACAAAAGAGAUAAACUCUUCAUCCCACUGGAGGGAUAACUCAUUAAAACAUCAAGAACUCUUUAGAUGACUUAUUUAUUUUUUGUAGUAGUAAAAUAUUAUUUCAUAUGAAUGUAUCUGUUUAAAAGAAAAAAGUUUGCCUUUUAUAUUAUUUAUGCCCUUCGGAUGAGAAAUACUUUUUAUUUUUGUCGUUUUGUCCCGUUGUUGUCCCACUCCGGCGUGGAGGUUAGCGACUGUCUGUGUAAAGUUUUGUAAUAAUAUAAAAAGACGAUAUGGGAGACAAACGGC